AUGAGCAGCCUGGAAACCUCAGCCACGUCGACCUUGAGCGGCCUGCAUUCCACGGAGCGCGUCGUCAAAAAGCGAGCUUCGCAGGCAUGCCACCACUGCAGGACGCGGAAGGUCAAGUGCGACCUUGUCAAAUCCGGCAUCCCGUGCCACAAUUGCUCCUCCGACGGCAUCGAAUGCGUCAUUCUCGAGUCGAAGCGGAGCAGGAAGUACCGUCUUCAGAAACGCCAGUUGAGCAGCCUGGUCUCGCUGCCCACAAUCUCUCAGGCACAACCCAGAUCCACGUCGGACUCCACACUUUCGUGCCCUGGACCAAACGACGUCCACACCAUCGACGGCACGACUGCUCCUGCCACGGAAGGGUGGAGGACGGACGUCCGCUCAGUCCACACCACCCCGAUCAUUCCUUCUUUCAUUCCCAACAGCUUCCAGAGUCCUCCCGCGGUUACUCCCGUCGGUGCACAGAGCCAGGUAGGCGCGACUUCGCCCGUCUCGAUCCGACAACAGCCGGCGUUCGAGCUUCCAGCGUAUAUCCGUCCCUCUCGACCAGACGUCCGGCAGGAUGACUUGGAGUUUCUGUGUCGCCGGGGCGCGUUGAGCAUACCGGUGGGCGAGCUCCGCGAUCAACUUCUCCACUGUUUUGUGCUCUACGUUUAUCCCUUCAUGCCCAUCGUCGACCUCGAGGAUUUCAUGGGCGCCCUGGACGGCAACGACGCCUCACCAAAGAUUAGCUUGAUUGUGUUCCACGCGGUUUUGUUUUCUGCGACCGCCUACGUGGAUCUGCCGCUUCUCCAGGAAGCAGGCUACGAAAACCGUAGAGCCGCGAGAGCCGACUAUUAUCAGAAGGUCAAGCUCCUGUACGACUUCGACUGGGACGUGGACCGCAUCGCUCUGAUCCAAUCACUGCUGAUGAUGAAUUACUGGUAUGUUUCGGAGAACGACCAGAAAGAUCCCUGGCAUUGGCUAGGGAUAUGCGUCUCGCUUGCCACAAGCAUCGGCUUGAAUCAGCCCUUUACCUACACUCAAAAAGACCCCAAGACGGCCGCCCUCUGGCGGCGCGUAUGGUGGUGUUGUCUAUAUCGCGACCGGGUCAUCGCCAUCAGUAUGCGGCGACCCAUGCGGAUCGGGAAUGAAGCCAUACGGCUCCCGCUGCUCGGUCUGAGCGAUUUCGAAACUAAAUCGGUCACGUCGGCCAUUCCGUGCUUGAGAGACUGCGACUUCCUCACCAACGCGUAUACUAGGACCAUGUUGGCCGAGAUGUGCGUCGCGAAGAUCAAGCUGCUGGUCUUUGUCGGGCAAAUCCUGCGAGACUUCUACCACUUGCGUGGCUUUGGCGGCUCAACCGCGGAAUCGACCAUGCUCUACACUCCGAGACGGUCCGAAGUCAACUCGAAGCAAUAUCUCGACCUGCAACACGCGCUGGACCAAUGGUACCGCGACCUUCCGCCCAGUUGCUGGUUGGUUACAGGCAACACCAACGUCGACCCCGACACGUCCACUGCAGACGCACUCUUGGUACACAGAUCAGUAUUAAGGAUGCUCUACCUGAUGGCGACCGAAGCCCUCAACCGUCCGCAGUCCCUAUCGAAACCUUCCGGCGGCUCUUCAGGCAACAGUCCGACCUCAAAGGUCAAGGAAGCCGCGGAGAAAAUCGCCGAGAUGGUAGAGUCGAUGCAGGAGAAGGAUCUCAUCCGAUUCCUCCCACCCCUCUCCGUGAGUUUCAUGCUCCUCGCGCUUGCAUCAUUCCUAGUGGAUAUCAAAGCAAAGGGACAGACCGUGGGAGCUCUACCGGGCCAACAAUUCCACGUGUGCGUGCGAGCCCUGUUGCGGCUCCGCGAGAUCUGGCCCAUCGCGGACGCGGCCUGCUUCCUCAUCGGCCAAAUGAUCACCAAACACCAAGUAGGCAAGAUCUCGACCCCAGGAAUCCAGCCGAUGCCCAUGGAUGCAAGCGACGCGCCGACAAACGUGUGGCGAAAUCCCGGCGAGACCACGCGCUCGAACACAACCCAUACUGCCGUGCUACCAUACGCGGACUUAGAAGGUCCUGGUCCCACGGCGGUCGCAUUCACAUCUUCCUUCCAGCCAUCAGGGGAUCCAGGAACAGUGCCCGGAACGACAGCACCAACACCAUCAGCAGCAGCGGCAUUAGCCACAGAAGGGUUUGCCAUCCCGUAUACCUGGACCGGGGAGGAUUUCGACUUCGAGGGAGGCGACUACGGCCCCAUGAUCGAGGCGCACGCCCUGAACAUGGAUCUCGCCAUGCCGGACGCCGACGUGCUCGCGUACUUCGAGGACAGCACGUUUGUCUUCAAUUUUGAGCCGUCGCCCAACAACGACCACACUAGUACGAAUACUGGAGGUGGAGGUGCUCCUGGCCAUAGCGAGGGCAUGUUGGCUUCAUAUCCUUCACAAACACAAGCACAUGCAGUGGGGCAGCAGCAGCGGCCGCCGUCUAUCGCCUCAUCCAUGGUGGGUCAGGGUCAGGGGCAGAGCUGGAAUCCCGUCGUCGCGAGCCAGUAUAUGGAGACGUUCCGAUCCUCGCAGUCGAUAUGA